AUGACGCGGGGCGGCCUCAACUACAAGCACCUCCGAGCAGCAGCGGUGAUCAUUGUGACCCCUUUGGCUCUCGGCCUGUACUUCGUCAAUACGAUCUAUGCCUCUGCAAUCCUGGUGAUCUGUUGCUACAUGUGGGGCCACGUCCUGUUGCGGAGGCAGGUGACCCCAUUCCCUGUUCUACUGCGGGGCGCCGCAGCUGCUCUCAUGCUGCUGUGCACCACUUUCAUCACGGCGAUGCCAUGGCUAGUCUUUGGUGGGAUUCAAGGGUGCCGCGAGUUCGAUCCUACGAUGAAGACCAUUUUCGGAUACGCGUUUGAGGAGUUCUGGAAAGGCUUCUGGAUCCGUGUUGCAGCACUUUGGCUGAUUACCGGAGUUGCCCUGUUCCUAAGCAUAGCCGAGCACCUGCCGUCAUCAUACAUCCGGGACUGUGUCAGAUGUUGCCUGUUCAUCUACGCGGGCGUAGUUGCCAGUGCUGUUGCGGAAGCUCUGAUCGCCUGCCGCGGCACGGAUCUUGACAACGAUGGGUACAGGGACAGCUCGAUCGACGUCGGUGCCAGAUCGCUCCAAGCCGGGAUGUUCGUUUUCGGGAGGCUCACCUUUUUCAUGUCUGGCAUCUGGUACAUUCAGAUUGUGAUCAAGAAGCUGCAGGCCCUGGAGCAGGCAUUCGGAGAGGCCCUGCCUUGGUCUAAGGCCAUGAAGUGGCUGUCUCAUUGUCUGGUCCUCUGGCAAUGGUCGAUUGUCCUGCUGGCCUCCACAGUAUAUGCCCCCUGGGUUCUGUUCCUCCUCAGUAUGUGUGGCACUCUGAACAUCAUCUUGCUGAUCGGCGCGAAAAUGAGGGCGCUGCGCCUUCCCCUCCGGGCCCUGCAGCAGGCCCGACAAUUCGCGAGCCGGGACGAUGCGAUGACGGAGAAGACGGCCCUUGCAAUGAGCGUUCUACGCCGCAUGCAGCUCGCCAUCUUGCUGGGCAACAUGUCCAUGGUAGCCGGGUUCCUGGCAAUGGGGCUUGGCUUCUUUCUCGACAGCACCCUGAUGACCAUGGUGAGCGACUAUGCGUCGAUCCUCGACGUGACGGCGAACGCAAUUAGCCUGACACUUCUCGCCAGUGGCUCCCUGAGCUUGCCAAGAUGUUACAGCUGGAGGCUGCGCGCGCUCUCUUCCCAGGCUCGGCCGGUGAUUCGAGCGACGCAGCAGGAACGAUUGGAGUGCUCCUGCGGGUCUCUGUCGGUUGCCAAGACGCUGUCCGAUCAAGUUGGACGUCGGCUCUCUGGCACCUCCCGACGGCGAGUUGGCUCUGCGAUCGCUUGCGAAAGAUGCUCUUGGGAUGCCGUGGUGCAGGAGAUAGCAGGUCGGCGAGUGUCCGUUCUUCAGCUCCUGGACUUCUACGCCAGCCUCGGCUCGGACCUGAUGGCGCACUUCGACCCAGCGCGUUCCACCACCAACGACGUCGUGUACCAAGCCAUCAUUCCGGAGUCCCUCUGGGGGGAUCAGGGGAAGGCCUUGGCCGAAGUCUUGCCGAAGCCGACCGCCUGCCUUCAGCAGAUGCCCUCCUUCCGCUCCGCGCCGCGGAUGGUGACGCACCACUGGGCGAACCGAUUCCGGGAUCUUGUGGCCGUGGUGGUGGCAGACAGCCUCGGCCUCAGGCGCUGGGACAGCAUCGCCGAGCUGCUGUCGAAGGGCCAGACAGCGACCUUGGCGGAGAGGCUUCGGGACCAAGGCAGCCAGAAUUGGGAGUUUUGGAUCUGUGCCCUGUGCAUCAACCAGCACGCCAGCAUCUGCGCCAACGCCUCUGGUUUCGAUACGGUGACGGGCCAGAAGCUGCCAUCCUGCAGUUGCCUGACGCCGAAGUACCUGAACGACUCGAGAAUCAAGUGUGAGCUCAACAAGUUCGACAGCAUGAUGGAGCACCUCCACCAGAGCUUCGGCGAUGGCUUCCUGCAGGUCAUCGCCAUCGACAAGGACUUCAACAUCUUCUCCCGCGCCUGGUGCCUCGCAGAGCUUGGCCAGGCCUGCGCUAACCAGCUGGAUCAGCAUGUCGUGCUUCACUCCCCUGAGAUGUUGGAGCAAAACUCCGGCCAGCUCGACUCCCUGCGUGUGGAGGACUGCGCGUCUUCCAGGCCCGAGGACAAGGAGGAGAUCCUGGCCAAGAUCGGGUCCGUGUCGGAGAUUGCCAAGUUCAAUGAAGGCUUGCGCCAGCUCCUGCUCGGAUCCGAGGGAAUCUUGACUGGAUGGCAGGAUGGCGAAAAGCUGCUUUUGGAUGUGGGAGCUAUUGCAGCUCGAGCCUACGCCAUGAACAGCCAGAGAUCUGGUGAACUGGUGCAGGCACAGGCGGACGAAGGUGUGGAGGAUCUCGUAGAGCUCUGA